CACUCUUCAACUUAUUCCAACUUUUCCUGUUACUUCGACCUCUGCAAACCAAAGCUUGUCACACUUCUUUAUCUUCCUGAAUAAUGUUAGAUACAUUAACCUAGACUUCUCUUCACCUAAAACUUCAUAAACGUUCCCUUAUAAACCUCUCGUUUGUUGCUUGCCCCUCUCCCUUCUGGUCCACCUACGUAGGUAGGUAGGCACCUAACAAUAUUAACAAUAUAUUCUCCUUUUACCGGACUGUGAUUCCAUUCAUCAGGAAUCCACGUCUCUUAAAACUAUUAUAUAGUACUACCAUAUCCCAUAUUCACGUUUGAUACUUCAGCUCAAGGUCACUAUUACACAAGGUUGUUAUCAUAGCAACCUAAGCAAAAAUGUCGGGCAUCGGGUCCCUCGAUGUCUUCAAUGCCGACCACCCGGAGCUGAAGACCAACAUGGGUGUAGAUUAUGUGGUUCACUAUAAAAUCUCCAAGGAUAAAGCUGAGGCCGAAGCUGGUUUUACCCAGCUCAUUGAGGCACUUACCACAGUCGGCAUUGCUUGUGAGGUUCGAAAUGGUGAUGAAACCUCUCUACUAGUCUUCCUCAAGGUGGCCUCGGAGAAGCACCUCAAUGCUCAUAUUUAUCGCGAGCGUGUCCAGGACUGGCUUUACGGUGUACGAAUCACCGCACCUGACAAGGACGUGGAGAAUGAAUUCGCCAAUCAGGCUAUCACGGAGGCUGAGAGGCUCCGUACUGUGUAUUUGCUGAUCACGAAGCCCAAGAACGAAGGGGGUGCUGGCAUCGUCCCAAAGAUUGGUCAGUGGAAGGAUGUCGCCUCCAUCUUCCCACUACACAACCACUCUUUCAACCGAAAGUGGAUAACGCAAUGGAGCACCAAGUACAUUCUCAGCGAGCACGAUCUCGACGAGAUUCGUGACAAGUUUGGCGAAAGCGUUGCCUUUUAUUUUGCAUUCAUGCAAUCAUAUUUCGCCUUCUUGAUUUUCCCCGCAGCCUUUGGAUUUGGUGCUUGGCUCAUACUUGGCCGCUACUCAUGGUUCUACGCUUUUGUUAACUCUCUUUGGUCAAUCGUAUUCUUCGAGUGGUGGAAAAAGAAGGAGGUCGAUCUCGCCGUGCAAUGGGGUGUUCGUGGUGUAUCACGCAUACAACGUCCCCGAACACAAUUCAAGUGGGACCAUGAGGCAGCGGACCCAGUAACUGGCGAAGCAGUCAAGGUCUACUCGCCAGUGGAGAGGCUGAAGACUCAACUGCUACAAAUUCCAUUCGCACUUGGCUGUUUGGCAAUCCUUGGGGCCCUCUAUGUGUUUUGUUUCUCGAUCGAGAUCUUUCUCGGGGAGAUUUACAAUGGACCGUUCAAGUCAUACCUGACAUUCACGCCAACGAUUAUCUUAACCGGAGCAUUACCAGCUCUAUCAACUGUACUCAGUAGUUUCGCAGAAAAGCUUACUGAGAGGGAAAAUUACGAGACAGUUGACACCCAUCAUGCCGCACUUGUGCAGAAAUUAUUCAUCAUUAACUUCAUCACCUCCUAUACCCCCCUCUUCCUAAGCGCAUUCGUCUAUAUGCCCUUUGGUAAUCUGCUAGUACCGUACCUUGAUAUCUUCAAGAACACAGCAGAGAGAUUCGCGAGCGAGAAGACGAUUACUACCCAGAGUUUCCAAAUCAAUCCCGAUCGCCUGAAGAAGCAGAUGAUUUACUUCACAGUAACGGCUCAGAUUGUGAACUUUGCGCUCGAAGGUGUCGCUCCCUAUUUGAAACGCCGGGCUUUCAAGGAAGUUGAGAAAGUCCAGUCCAAAGGCAAAGCCACAGCAAACAACGAUGUCCCCGAGGAGCAUGCCUUCCUUGAAAAGGUCCGAAAUGAAGCCGAGCUGGAUAUUUAUGAUGUUACUGUAGACUACAGAGAGAUGAUUAUUCAGUUUGGCUACUUGUCUCUAUUCUCGGCAAUCUGGCCCCUUACGCCACUUUCCUUCUUGAUCAACAACUGGGUCGAACUCCGAUCCGACGCCAUGAAGAUCGCAGUCAACAGCCAGAGACCCAUUCCCUGGAGAGCUGAUUCUAUCGGUCCUUGGCUUAAUGCUCUAGGAUUCUUGUCCUGGUUUGGAAGCCUCGUAAGCUCUGCAAUUGUAUAUCUCUUCAGCGGCGACGCUGAGGGACCUGGUGGCGACCCUUCGAAUAUCGUUGCUUGGGGGUUGCUAUUGAGUAUUUUGCUCUCCGAGCAUAUUUACCUAGCCGCCCAGUUUAUCGUUCGAUAUGUGUUAAAGCAUAUUGACAGUCCAGGUUUGCAGAAGGAGAGAGCUGAGCGUUUUUCCAUGAGAAAACAGUGGCUAGAGGAAAGCUUGGGAGCCGACGUUACAGAAUCACCCAUCCCACCCACCCCUCAAGCUGGGGAGGUUAUUACUCGCGAUGCCCUAGAGGAAGAAGCCCGUCAGUUAUCUUCGAGCGGUGGGGGGACGCCUGAACAAUUGUUCUGGUUGAGACAGCAGGGCAUGGACGAGACCAUUCAAAUCGGUCGCAUGUUGAUUUCCAAGAAGAAGGUAGAGAAGAACUAGGUGUCCGAGACGUUACUUGCUGCGGGAAAUAUUCUAGAAGAAACUGUGGUGAUUAUGACGUUGGCGAUAGUAAUAGGGUUAAUAGUCGAUCUACAUUCGAAAUUAAUAUUACUGUUUACCAAAGAUAAUCGGAGUACUGCAUCUACUGACAUGCGCCAUAUUAGUGAUAUUAAGGCUCCCAAACAGUUACUCUGACUAGGUAUAUUAUCUAUCAACAGACAACAGGCAGCUUCCUAACCUAGGCAUCUUACCCCUUAUGCUCACUCCUUAGGUAUCAAUAAGCCACUAGAUUAGCGCGUAGCAGUGUAAAGGAAUAUGCACAUUGAUUUUUCCGUCUCUCA